GGCGGCAGGGGGAGGGGCGAGGCAGCCGCUCACUCAGUGCCGGCAGUCGGUGUGAGCACCUCACGUAAGCCAGGCGGUGAACACACGCCUUAGUCACACCUGGGCCACCUCGCGGCGCCCUUGUCACCCACCGCCCAUGUUGCCCCACGCCCCCUCUACCGCCCACGCGUGGCAGGCUGGUGAACCAGGGUGAACACACCACUCAUUACUCACGCUUGAAGUAACUUAUGAAAAUUUGAACAACUAAUUCAGUAAGUUAGUAAGCGAUGCCAUGGCAGCGCGGCGCGUUCUGUGUUCAAUGAGGGCUGCCACACGACGCGGCAGUAAUCUAGUAAGAGUUACGCUGUAAAUCUCGACUCACUGGCGAUGAACCACAAGAAAUAGUGCAACUUUCUCCAUCCUCAUCAUUCCAUAAAUGAUAAACGCGGCUAACAAGGAAAUGCUUUCACCGUAAACAAUGACGACGCCUCCCAGUACAGGACAUACCUAGGGGCGCAGGACGAAACAGAGAGACAGUUCAGUGUCUAGGGAAAAGUCAACCACACUCCCGACCACCAUGUUCACGCCGGGGUCUGUGGAUGGCCGCGCCCGGAGCGAAGGAGCGCUGUUCCGGCCGCGGGUCAUGAACAAGAUGCAGCGGCGCCCCACACGCAUCGAGCAGCCCGCCACCUCCAGGCCGCAGGGAGGAUACCAGGGGGGCACGUGGGCCGGCUGCUUCAACCUGUUGGUCUCGCCUGCCUCGGACUCCUACUGGGCAGACUGCCUGCGGUACAUGUGUUCGGUGGAGCAACGGUCCGACUACCGCACCUCCAAGGCCAACGGAAAGAGGAGUUCAGUGACGUUGGUGAUGUCGCAGCCUCAUCUCCCUAGCGUGAUGUCGACUGUGCGUGGCGGACACAAGCCUCUUGUGGUUCUCUCCUUCAUCAGUUGGGAGCUUCGCCACCGGGACCUGCGCGGGGUGUUGGCUCAGGCGUUGCACUCUCACCCUCACUUCUCAGAGGGGUACAUUCUCAACGCAAUAGAGGCUGACGCUUCCGAGGAGAUGGGAGAGCCCCUGCUGUGGUACCCAGUGGCGCACCUCACUCGAGAACACCACGCCCCGAUGUACCCUCGCGACUCCCGCAGAUACGACAGGAAGGCGCUGGGGAACCACUUUACUCUACUGCAGGACACGUACUACGAGCACACAAAACUCACGCUGAUUCUAGACAAAGGCGGGGUGGGAGGUGGCGGCGGCAAGGUGUCUCCUAUGCCCAACGACAGCCCGCGCCGCUACUCCAGGAACCUCCUCGUGCUGGCUUACAUGUCUCUAGAGGACUCGACGGACCCCGGGCUGCUGGCAGGCUGGGUGCGCUGGUCUGGUGCGUGGGAAGCUUAUUCGCUGCUGCAGGAGAGGAAGUUGCCUGUCUCUAGUAUUACUCUAUACGUGCGGGAGCCGUCUCUCACCCCCCCACGUCGUCCCAAGGAGACCUUCAAGUACGUGGUGCUGCUAGAGGUGAUGACCGGGGCAGCAAGCCAGGUGCAGCAGCUGCGGGCGGCCACCCAACGGCUGAGAGUGGAGCGGUGGAGCGGAUACACAGGGCUCUACACUCUCCACACCCUCCAUGACUUCUCCGACAGCUUCUCCAGCAACGACAGUAUCAGCAGGAUGGUGGCAGAUGUACUUUGAGACCGGCAUCGGGGAGGAGCUGCUCGAGACCCAUCGCUCUCCUCCCGCCUUCCUGUCUCGUGGUGUUGCAGGAAGCGAAAGUUCAAGGAUAGGGAAUGGACUUGACAGAACGAGUCUCAGCUUGCGAGUGACUGUCCAGGUGCCUUCUGAAUCCUUAUAAAGAAAUUACACCAAAACUAGUGGAGAUGAUAUUCAGACUCUAAUGAAUAAGUGGCAUGAGGCAGAGAAAAGCCACCAGUGAACGGUAGUGUAGUAUAUAAAUUGAAGGACGGAUGGAAUGCCGUGAUGCUUAGUGAUGGAGGUGCUCGCUUCUCACCCCGCGGCUGUGUUGAGGCCACAUGCUCACCGCCGAGCAGUGACAGUAAAAGUAUUAUUAGAACAACUUAUCCUAGAGAGCUAGCCAGUAGAGUGGCUUUGCGGUGCACGCUCUAGUGCGCCUAAGGAGCCUCCCGCCUUGACUAGUGCGGCCAGGGCAGCAGCAACAGCAGCAGCAGCAGGUACUUGCAGCCGCCAUGCAGGUGUCAAGCAUCCCACGUAGGCUGUGGCACACUCUGUAUACACGCCACUCGAAAUAUUUACUGAA